AUGAAGCGAGGGAGCCAUUCGAGCGGCGUGGCAGAGCAUGAGCACGUCGAGCUGCAUUCCGCUAGACACGACCAUGGCGUUCGCCCCCACGCAAGAAGCGUGGACAGUCCGAGCAAAGGCGAUCCAACUUAUGGCAAGCAUGAUGUCAAGUUGAGUGGUCUCCGCAAGGCUGUUGCCGAAUCGAAGCGACCGCUGCCAGUCAUGUUUGGUGACGGGUCAUACCCCGUGGACCAAUCUCGCCCAGGAAAGCGGCAAGAAUUCAAGGCUUUGCAAGCUCGAGACUUCAAGACUUUGUACGACAUUCUCAAAGGAAAAGUCAAGGACCACGGGAUUCAGGAUGACAAGACCAUGAUCAUGGAACGCACCAUUCAAAUCGUCGCGAAGCUGCCGCAUAGAUCCAGACUUCGAGACAUCCUUACCAAUGUCUUCAUCGAGCAGCUUUGGGACUCUCUUGAGCACCCGCCACUGUUGUACUUGGACGGCCCUCCGGAAGAUUCCAAGUUGGAUGCUGGAAGACGCGACAAACUCGGCAACCUUAAGCCUGUGAAGUACAUGUACCGCACAGCUGAUGGAUCUUACAACCCGUAUGCUCGAUCUGUCAAGCCCCGUCAUGUCGCCUUGGGCGCCCUACCCGACCCAAGCUUGGUCUUCGAUUCAGUCAUGGGCCGGCGCGAAUUCAAGCCACACCCCAACAAUGUCUCAAGUGUUCUAUGGCACUGGGCCACGAUCAUCAUCCACGAUUUGUUCUGGACAGACCGCCAGAACUCCAACAUAUCGAACACGUCGGCUUACCUCGAUCUCUCCCCGCUGUAUGGAAGUGAUCAGAUAAUGCAAAACGAGGUGAGGUCGCACGUGGACGGGAAGCUCCACCCCGACGCGUUCGCCGACGCACGACUGAACAUCAUGCCCCCCGGUGUCUGUGUCCUCCUCGUCAUGUUCAAUCGUUUCCACAACCACGUUGCGGAGAACCUAGCCGCUAUCAAUGAGAACAAUCGCUUUCCGCGUCCGGCCGAUGGCGAUACGGAGGCAGCCGAAAAGUACGAUGAAGACCUCUUUCAGACCGCACGACUGGUGACUUGUGGGUUGUACAUCAACAUCACUCUUGUCGACUACGUCCGCAAUAUUGUCAAUCUCAACCGCACCAACACGACUUGGACGCUGGAUCCACGCCAAGAGGCCGGCGCGGGUGCUGGCACUCCGAAGGGUGCCGAGAUCGGCACCGGAAAUGUCAACUCGGCUGAAUUCAACCUCUGCUACCGGUGGCACUCCUGCAUCUCCAAAGAGGACACGGAGUGGAUUGACCAAGCUUUCACAAAGAAGCAACUCCAGCAUGUCCUCCCGAAAAAGGAAACAGAUAAGAUGGCCUUCCAAGAGUUCGCGGAAAUGGGCAAAACUUCCACCAGAGAACGGACUUUUGGAGGACUUAAGCGUGACGAAAACACCGGCAAGUACAACGACGAUGAGUUGGUCCAUAUCAUUACCAGCGCUGUGGACUCGGUGGCCGGCUCUUUUGGCGCGCGCAACGUCCCUCUGUCGAUGAAGAACGUGGAGGUUGGAGGCAUCAAGCAGGCGCGCGAAUGGAAUGUUGCCGGUCUGAACGAGUUCCGCAAGCACUUUGGUCUUAAACCGUACGACACUUUCGAAGAAAUCAACCCGGAUACGGACGUGGCGGAGGCUCUCAGACAUCUUUACCAGCAUCCAGACAACGUUGAACUCUACCCGGGUCUCGUUGCGGAAGACUCCAAGAAGCCAAUGUCGCCUGGCGUUGGAAUCGCGCCGACUUACACAAUCUCGCGCGUGGUUUUGUCUGAUGCAGUGUGUCUUGUCCGUGGUGACAGAUACUAUACCAUCGAUUACAACCCACGUAACCUCACGAGCUGGGGCUUCAAGGAGGUUGAGUACGACCUUGACGUUAACCACGGCUGUGUAUUCUACAAGCUUUUCCUCAGGGCUUUCCCCAACCACUUCAAGGGGAACUCGGUCUACGCCCACUACCCCAUGGUCACCUCGGCGGAGACGAAGAAGAUUUUGACGGACCUCGGACGGCAUGACCAAUUUGACUACCAGAAGCCGCAGCGUUACAAGACUCCUAAAGAUUACACCACUCAGCAGGAUUACGUUGAGCACGGAGAACCCUUCCGGCGAAACGUCAACGUUCUGUCAAAUAGGGCAGCCGAGCACAUCUCCAAGAGCGAGAAUAAGUACAAAGUUACCUGGAGCAACGGCUUCAAUCGUAUCAUGGGUACUUGGAACAAGUAUUUGUCGUCGAGCGACAACGACUACCGCAAAGCACAGGCAUGGAUGGACCAUGAACUCCGCAAAGACAACGGCCAAGACAACAUCAAGAACUUCUACUUCCAGAUCACCAAGAAGUUGAUAAACGAAAAGUCGUACACCUUGGGUUACCAUAAUCCAGACAUCCCCUGUGAGUUGCAGACGCACGUUGAUAUCAUUCGUGACGUAGGCAACAUGGCGCAUGUGCACUUCGCUUCUCAUGUUCUCAACUUGCCCCUGAAGACCAAGGAGAAUCCAAAGGGUGUAUUCACCGAACAGGAGAUGUAUCGGGUUAUGUCAGCCGUCUUUGAUUCCGUUUUUCUCAACAGCGACCCGGUCAAGGCCUUCCCUCUUCAGCAGGAGGCGCAGAGGGGCCUGUCGGAGCUCGGAGCCUGGCUCGAGAAGAACGUCAAAACGCGAUCCAAGCUGCCCGUUGACAGAGCGCCCGGCUCGCAUCUUGCAUCGUAUGGAUCGAACUUGGUCAAGAAUCUGUCGAAAGAUGGCGUCAGCACUCACGACAUCACCUGGAACUACAUCCUGCCAACGGCCGUGGCAAUGGUGCCGGCACAGGCGCAGAUGUUUGCCCAAGCAGUCAACUACUACCUGGACCAUGCGAAUCUUGUCAUGAAGAUUCAUCAUGUUGCGGUACAGCAGCAAAGUAGGGAAAGCGACGCUGAGCUGCUAGGCUACGCAUUGGAAGGUAUCCGCCUAGCAGGCGGCUUCAUUUCUUGUCGCGAGGCAACCGUCAAUGAGACGAUUGUGGACGAGCGAGUCGUCGAUGGCAAGGUUGUGCAGGAACAUGUGAGGAUUCAGCCAGGCGACAGAGUCUGUCUCACCUUCACCGGCAUGGCUGGCUUGGACCCGACGCACUUCCCCGACCCGCAGAGGGUCAACCCGAGGAGACCGUUGGAGUCGUACGUUCACUACGGUUUAGCGGCACACGGCUACCUGGGCACGAGUGCUACUCAUGCAGCGCUCAUUGGCAUGUUCAGAGCCGUAUUCCAGUGCGAGAGGCUGGAGCGGCUGCGUGAUCAGACCAAAACAGAGCCUGAGCGUUACAUUGAGCAGCCCCAGGGAAUCGUCAAGAAGGUGACAAGAUCUGUGACCUCGGGUCACGUAUUGCAGCGUUCGGACAGCCACGGGGAGCCUCAGGGAAUUAUCCAGAAGGUGACAUCUGUGGCCUCGGCCCACGUGUUGCAGCGUCCGGGCAGCCGGGAGGGUGUUACGAGAACAGAUGGCGUCUCGCAGUACCUGACGGAGGAUUGGGGAACACUGCGACCGUUCCCUGUGAGCAUGAAGGUCAGAUGGAGACCUACAUGA